AUGGCUCGAGGCCGACACUUCCGCGUCAAUCCGUUGCCGGAACGGCGUUGCCCUGUGCUUUCGUUGCGGUCGUCGCGGCUAUGGUCGAAACCGAAACCGAAAUCGAAUCGUAAAGCCCAGUGCAGCACGGGCGGACGUUCAGUGGAACCGAUCGGCUGGCUUCGAUAUCCGUCGUCGGUCGUGAAGCGAUUGUCGUCGAACGCCAGCCAGAAAGCCAAGCCGAUCGAGGAUAGAGGAAGCGAGGAAAGAAGAGGCAGCCAACGGAGUCCGCCUGGCAGGCGAAACGCGCUAAGGGCAGGGCAGCCGGCUCAGGCCUCAACUGUUAGCAAAGUUGAAGCUGCAGUUCACAGAAGUUUCUCGAUGAUUAACGAAUCGUUGACGAUGACUGACAGACAAGAAGGCGAAGGCGAAACAGACAAUCAGAGACAAACUGAGAAUGAGGGCGAACGCGAGCGGCCGGUUGGCCGAAGAUAG